AUGGCGCGUGACAAUGCCGCUGACAUUAAUAACGACGAGCAAGGCGAGGAGGAGGACGACGACUUUGACGACUUUGCUGAUUACACUGAAACCGAGGAGGAGGAAGACGAUGAUUCGACAAGCGAUGAGGAAGGAGGGGAGAACAAGGAAGGCGGGGAAGGAGACGAGGAGGAAGAGGACGCUGAUUGGCUGCCUCGAUGGUUGAAAGCUCAGGCGAGCACUAACGAUGGGAGUGCCAGUAGCGGGAGUGACAGUGACGUGCAGGAGGUUACAACGGAAGUGGAAAUUGAGUGGACAGGAGCGAAAAAGGAGGAGGAGAAGAAGGAGAAGGAGAAGGAGAAGGGGAAGAAGAAGGAAAAGGAGAAAAGGGAUGGGAGUGGAGGGAAAGGUACGGCGAAGAAUGGGCGGAUCGGCCCUGAGAAGAGGAAAGGGGUGGCAAGUGAUGCUGACGAAGUGUGCGACGUGCGUAAGAAGAGGAUGGGGUUGUAUUUGCUGGUGGGAGAGGAAUCUGCUGGUGAUGGUUUUGAAGCCUCAUGA